AUGAUGGAGAUGAUGGAGAUGAUGGGGAUGAUUGGGGUGAUGGGGGUGAAGGGGGUGAUGGAGAUGAUGGAGAUUAUGGGGGUUAUGGGGAUUAUGGGGAUGAUGGAGUUGAUGGAGAUGAUAGGGAUGAUGGGGAUGAUGGGGAUGAUGGGGAUGAUGGGGGAAGAUGGGAGUGAUGUGGAUGUUGGGGACGAUGGAGGAGAUGUGGAUGAUUGGGGUGAUGGGGAUGAUGGGGUUGAUGAUGAGGGGAAUGAUGUGUCUGAUGAGGAUGAUGGGUGUGAUGGGGAUGAUGGAGAUGAUGUAGAUGAUGGGGUGAUGGGGAUGAUGGGGGUGAUGUGGAUGAUGGAGAUGAUGGAGAUGAUGGAGAUGAUUGGGAUGAUGGGGAUGAUGGGGGUGAUGGGGAUGAUGGAGAUGAUGGAGAUGGUGACGGUGAUAGCAUAUUUGGAUGAUAGGGGUGAUGUUGAUGAAGGGGGUGAUGGGGAUGAUAGGGGUGAUGGGGAUGAUAGGGGUGAUGGGGAUGAAGAGGGUGAUGGGGAUGAAGGGGGUGAUGGAGAUGAUGGAAAUGAUUGGUGUGAUGGGGAUGAUGGAGAUGAUGGGGAUGAAGGGGGUGAUGGGGAUGAUGGGGAUGAUGGGUGUGAUGUGGAUGUUGGGGGUGAUGGGGAUAAAGGGGAUGAAGGAGAUGAUGGUUGUGAUGGGGAUGAUGUGAUUGAUGUGGAUGAUGGAGAUGAUAAAGAUGAUAGAGAUGAUGGAGAUGAUAGGGAUGAUGGGGAUGAUGGGGGUGAUGGGGAUGAAGGGGGUGAAGGAGAUGAUGGGGAUGAUGGGGAUGAUGGAGAUGAUGGGGGGGCUGAUGGAGAUGAUGGAGAUGAUUGGGGUGAUGGGGGUAAAGGGGGUGAUGGAGAUGAUGGAGAUGACGGGGGUGAUGGGGAUUAUGGGGAUGAUGGAGUUGAUGGAGAUGAUGGAGAUGAUAGGGAUGAUGGGGAUGAUGGGGAUGACGGGGGUGAUGGGGAUGAUGGGUGUGAUGGGGAUGAUGGAGAUGAUGGGGGGGGUGGUGGGGAUGAUGGAGAUGAUGGGAAUAAAGGGGGUGAUAGUUCUGAUGGGGAUGAUGGAGAUGAUGGUGAUGAAGGGGGUGAUGGGGAUGAUUGUUGUAAUGGGGAUUAUGGAGAUGAUGGAGAUGAUGGAUUUGAUGGGGAUGAUGAUGAUGAUGGAGAUGAUGGAGAUGAUGGGGGUGAUGGGGAUGAAGAGGGUGAUGGAGAUGAUGGAGAUGAUGGGGAUGAUUGGGGUGAUGGGGGUGAAGGGGGUGAAGGAGAUGAUGGGGAUGAUGGGGGUGAUGGGGAUGAUGGGGUUGAUGGGGAUGAUGGAGAUGAUGGGGGGGGUGAUGGGGAUGAUGGAGAUGAUGGGAAUAAAGGGGGUGAUAAGGCUGAUGGGGAUGAUGUAGAUGAUGGUGAUGAAGGGGGUGAUGAGGAUGAUGGUUGUAAUGGGGAUUAUGGAGAUGAUGGAGAUGAUGGAUUUGAUGGGGAUGAUGAUGAUGAUGGAGAUGAUGGAGAUGAUCGGGGCGAUGGGGAUGAUGGGGGAGAUGGGGAUGAUGGAGAUGGGGGUGAUGGGGAUGAUGGGGGUGAUGGGGAUGAUGGAGAUGAUGGAGAUGAUGAGGAUGAUGGGGUUGAUGGGGAUGAUGGGGAUGAUAGGGGUGAUGGGGAUAAAGGGGGUGAUGGAGAUGAUGGAGGUGAUGGGGAUGACGUGGAUGAAGGGGGUGAUGGGGAUGAUGGGGGUGAUGGGGAUGAUGGAGAUGAUGGAGAUGAUGAGGAUGAUGGGGUGCAUGGGGAUGAAGGGGGUGAUGGGGAUGAUGGGGGGAGUGAUGGAGAUGAUGGAGGUGAUGGGGAUGGGGAUUACGUGGAUGAAGGGGGUGAUGGGGAUGAUGGAGAUAAUGGAGAUGACGGGGGUGAUGGGGAUUAUGGGGGUGAUGGGGAUGAUGGGUGUGAUGGGGAUGAUGGAGAUGAUGAAGAUGAUGAGGAUGAUGGGGUUGAUGUGGAUGAUGGGGAUGAUAGGGGUGAUGGGGAUAAAGGGGGUGAUGGAGAUGAUGGAGGUGAUGGGGAUGACGUGGAUGAAGGGGGUGAUGGGGAUGAUGGGGGUGAUGGGGAUGAUGGAGAUGAUGGAGAUGAUGAGGAUGAUGGGGAUGAUGGGGUGCAUGGGGAUGAUGGGGGUGAUGGGGAUAAAGGGGAUGAUGGGGAUGAUGGAUAUGACGGGGGUGAUGGGGAUGAUGGGGAUGAUGGAGGAGAUGUGGAUGAUUGGGGUGAUGGGGAUGAUGGGGGUGAUGAUGAGGGGAAUGAUGUGUCUGAUGAGGAUGAUGGGAGUGAUGGGGAUGAUGGAGAUGAUGGAGAUGAUGGGGUGAUGGGGAUGAUGGGGGUGAUGGGGAUGAUGGAGAUGAUGGAGAUGAUGGAGAUGAUGGGGAUGAUGGGGGUGAUGGGGGUGAUGGAGAUGAUGGGGAUGACGGGGGUGAUGGGGAUGAUGGGGAUGAUGGAGGAGAUGUGGAUGAUUGGGGUGAUGGGGAUGAUGGGGUUGAUGAUGAGGGGAAUGAUGUGUCUGAUGAGGAUGAUGGGUGUGAUGGGGAUGAUGGAGAUGAUGGGGUGA